UGUCACGCUGAGUGAAUUUGGAUGAAGAUGUCAAGUUGCUCAGGCUCCUGGCUCUCCAGAUGCUUCAUCACACUGGUCUUCCUCCAGCUGCCUUUGCACAUGUCAGCCGAAUCUCCAGGGACCUUCUCACCAUCAGUGGUGGCUCUUGCUGUGAUCCUACCUGUCCUGGGGAUUUUCAUCAUGGUGGGCGUUUACAUCAUCUGGAAGCAAAGAAGGUCAAAAGAGAGGCUUCUCUAUGAACAUGCGAUGGAGGUAGAAAAUCUUCUCUCAGACCAUGCGAAAGAAAAAGGACGACUCCAUAAAGCUCUCAAGAAACUCCGGAGAGAACUGAAGUUAAAAAGAGCUGCAGCAAACUCAGGCUGGAGAAGGGCCCGGCUGCACUUUGUGACUGUGACCCUGGACCCAGACACAGCGCAUCCCAAACUCAUCCUGUCUGAGGACCGCAAGUGUGUGAAGCUUGGAGACAUAAGGCAGCCUGUGCCCGACAAUCCCAAGCGAUUUGACUUCGUUGUCAGCGUCCUGGGCUCCGAGUACUUCGUAGCUGGCUGUCACUACUGGGAGGUGUCUGUGGCAGACAAGACCAAAUGGGCCCUGGGGGUGUGUAGUGAGUCAGUGAGCAGGAAGGGGAAGGUCACUGCCUCGCCCGCCAACGGACACUGGCUCCUGCGACAGAAUCACGGGAAUGAGUAUGAGGCCCUCACAUCCCCGCAGACCUCCUUCCGCCUGAGGGAGCCCCCGAGGUGUGUGGGGAUUUUUCUGGACUAUGAAGCAGGAGUCAUCUCCUUCUACAAUGUGACCAACCAGUCCCACAUCUUUACUUUCACCCACAGUUUCUCCGGCCCCCUCCGCCCUUUCUUUGAACCUUGCCUUCAUGAUGGAGGGAAAAACACAGCACCUCUAAUUAUCUGUUCUGAACUCCAGAAACCAGAGACAGAAGAAAGAGGCCAGGCUAAUGGAGAUGUGGCCCUGCAGGUGGACCCUUUCUUGCUCCCUGCUCAGGCAUCAGAGCUCGCCCCACUCAGGGAUAUAAUCCUGUCCUGGUCCUCUGACCUUGGGCCAGCCCUCCAGGGGCUCAAGGUUCCUUCUUUUUAGGGAUGGGCCUCAUCACCUGAUUCUCAGACUCUCUUGCCCAGUGCCCUGGAUCUCAGUCUCCUGGCCCAGUGAUUCUGGAGCAUCUCCUCUCCUUUCCCCCAGCCCAGACCCCUUUGUGGUUUCUCUUGUACCACCUUUCUCCCAGGGCUCGGUUUUAGAACUUCUGGGAACUUGAAGUUUCCAUUGCCCUGCAAGAAUUCUUAAAAACCAAAUGAACAAUCAGAUUAGGUUUAGGUGAUGCUGUGGAAUGUGUGUCACUGAGAUAUAGGGACUCUCUACUCAAGGGUCUUCUUGAAAGCACUUCAUCCUGCCUCAUCCUGCACUCAGGCUUGUAGUUAUGAAGUUAGGAUGCCCAGCCCUGACUUAUUUAUCACAUCAAGAAUCACUUUUCUCCUUUUCUCAGUUCAGGCUUCUAACCCCCAAGGACUGCUUUUUAAAAGUAAACUUCUUUUGGAUCACAUACUCUUCCUUCUUUCUUCUGGAAUAUAGGGCAGAGGGCCAGAGGGAUUUAAAAAAAACAAAGUCACUGUUUUCUAUUUCCUUGAUGCUAUCUACAGUAUAGUUUGGUGACAUGUGGAACUAACAUGUGUGCGUGUUAAGUCGCUCAGUUGUGUCUGACUCUUUGCA